AUGGGUCGUCCUGAUCAAACUCUGAGUCCGGGAAUGCACAACAACUUCAAUCCGAUGUUUCAUCCGCAACCUGCACCUGAACCAACGGUUUACGAAAACCAAAUUGUCGACACCGAGCAGAAAUAUAUCCAGACCGGAGUACCAAAUAUGCCCAGACCGGUUCCACCUACGUAUAUCAAUCCCGGUCGAAUGGGUAAUCAACCUUACGUACCACCACAAAUGGCCCGACCGGUGAACCAACCAUCAAACUGGACUUCAGGACUUUUUGAUUGCAUGAACGAUGGCGAAAAUGGUUAG